AAUAACAAUUUUUUUUUCUGGCAUACAUAUAUGCUUGCCUCUAUUUCUGAGCUUUCAAUUCUGUUCGGGAGAUUUACCCUUUGGCCAGAACCAUGAAAGACCCCGGAGAGACUAGCAGAAACGAUGGGCCUGAAGAGCACCCUCUUGCCACCCGGGCCACUGGGCGCGUGCGCAGAAUGUCAGCCAACCCCUACCCAAUCCGGGUAUUUCCCACCCCUUAACCCGUGGACCGGAAGCAGUGGGGCGGAAGAAGAGCUGGUCAGGAAGAGGAGCUGGUCAGGAAGCGGGCGGAGGCAGUUCUCUCAGUCCUGUGGCUUCCUUAACCUAGCCCGCCCUGGUGGCAGCACAAAGUCGUAAAGUGUCAGCCCGCGAGUUGUAGGCCAUGGCGCUGGCCGCUCGACUCCAGCGCUUCCUCCCUUUGAGACGCGGAGCCGCCCCGGGGUCUUGGCUUCCGACGGGGACUUCCGGCAGCCGCGGGCAGUGCGGCCCCCGGCGAUUCCGAGUCUCUGAGGUAAUCAGAAACCCAGGAACUUUCAAAAGAGCCUUUCUACACUCAGCCUUGACUUAUUGUCUGGUUGAAGCAUAUCUGAACAGCAGACUACCCUAUAAUGAAAAAAUAAAAAGGGUUUGGGGAGAAACAGAAAAACUUUAUCAGUUGCUAACCCAAUACAAGGAAAGUGAAGAUGCAGAGUUACUAUGGCGUUUGGCACGGGCAUCACGUGAUAUAGCUCAGCUUAGCAAAACCUCAGAAGAAGAGAAAAAGCUAUUGGUGUAUGAAGCCCUAGAGUAUGCAAAAAGAGCACUAGAAAAAAAUGAAUCAAAUUAUGCAGCUCAUAAGUGGUAUGCAAUCUGCAUUAGUGAUGUUGGAGAUUAUGAAGGCAUCAAGGUUAAAAUUGCAAAUGCGUACAUAAUCAAGGAACAUUUUGAGAUAGCAAUUGAACUGAAUCCUAAAGAUGCCACCUCAAUUCACCUUAUGGGUAUUUGGUGCUACACAUUUGCUGAAAUGCCUUGGUAUCAAAGAAGAAUCGCCCAAGUGCUAUUUGCAACUCCUCCUAGUUCCACCUAUGAGGAGGCCUUAGGCUACUUUCACAGGGCAGACACCGUGGAUCCAAACUUCUAUAGCAAAAACUUGCUUCUUUUAGGAAAAACAUACUUGAAACUACACAACAAAAAACUUGCUGCUUUUUGGCUCAUGAAAGCCAAGGACUAUCCACCACACACAGAAGAGGAUAAACAGGUAAACACAGAAGCUGCUCAGUUGCUUACAGGUUUCAGUGACAAGAAUUGAGAACUUUUGAGAGAAGAAAAUACAUGAAACAUGAUAAACACUGCCUUUUCAUUGAAUUAUAAAGAUAAUAUAUUAACCAUACUGUU